GGUCGAGUAUCUACUUCAUCAGCAAAAUAAAACGCCUCUCAUUCUUCUUCUCGCACCAAAUAGAAAAAUAUGCUACGGUUUUGUCCAUCCGUUUCUUCAGCAGAGAAGAGAUUUUCUUCAUUUCUUCAAAAAAACUCGAAAUUCAGACCAUUUUCUCACUUGGGCUUCUCUGAAAAUGGCAGCAAAACAUCUGCAUGUGAGAAGAAUAUGAAAAGGAUGAGAAAACCCACCUCAGCUCAAGAAAUAGAGAACAGCAUCUACACAAUACUUACUGUGCACCGUUGGGAAUCGCUGAAUCACAUGGACUACAGGCUAUCACCCCUUCGAACCGUUCAUGCAAAACUGGCCUUGAAAUUCCUCAAUUGGAUAAUCCGGCAACCGGGUUUUGAUCGCUUUACCCCCAUUUUCUGCAUCACCGCCCAUAUACUCGUUCGAGCAAGGAUGUAUGAACCUGCAAAAUCGAUUUUGGGACAUCUCUCUGGGAUGGGUGUUGGGUGUUGUUCUAUUUUCGAUACACUCAUGGAUACGUACCGCCAUUGCAAUUCAAAUCCCUCGGUUUUUGACCUUUUAAUUAAGGUUUAUGUCCAAGAAGGAAUGCUGGGCGAUGCUCUAGAGACCUUUCAGUUGAUGGGUGUUCGAGGAUUUAAGGCGUCAGUCUAUACUUGCAAUGCUGUCCUUGCCAUGAUUGUGCAGAAGGAGAGGAUGGCAUGUGCUUGGUCGUUUUUCAAAGAUAUGUUGGCGAGGAGGAUUUGUCCGAACGUGGGUACUUUCAAUAUACUGCUGAAUUCGUUGUGUACAGAAGGGAAGCUUAAGAAAGCCAGUUAUCUUUUGAAAAAGAUGGAAGAUACCGGUUAUAUGCCGACGACUGUCACUUACAACACCUUACUGGAUUGGUUUUGCAAGAAAGGGAUGUUCAAGGCGGCUUUGAAGUUGAUGAAUUGUAUGGCUAGCAAAGGUAUCGAGGCAGAUGUUUGUACAUAUAACAUGCUUAUUGACAAUUUGUGUAGGAAUAAGAGGAGUUCCAAAGCUUAUUUAUUGUUGAAGAAAAUGAGAAAGAAGAGAUUGUCUCCUAAUGAGGUCACCUACAAUACUCUUGUCAAUGGGUUUUGUAAAGAAGGGAAGAUUAAUGUCGCAGGUCAGGUUUUUGAUGAGAUGUUGAGUUUUAAUCUUGUCCCAAACUGUAUUACUUACAACACUUUGAUUGACGGGCAUUGUCGAAAUGGGAAUAUGAGUGAAGCUCUGAGGCUUCUAGAUGAAAUGGAAGUGGUGGGAUUAAAGCCAAAUGAGAUAAGCUAUGGAGCUAUUUUGAAUGGGUUUUGCAAGGCUUCUGAUGUAGAUGCGGCAAGAAAUCUCAUUGAGAAAAUGGGGAAGACGGGCCUUGUUAUCAACAACAUUAUAUACACGAUUUUGAUUGAUGGGUAUUGCCGUAGGGGCCUACUCUAUGAAGCUCUAUCUUUGUUUGAUGAAAUGUUAGAUGCUGGGAUGAGUCCUGAUGUUGUCACAUAUUCAGUGCUUAUAAAUGCAUGUUGCAAAGCGGGAAAGACGAACCAUGCAAAGGAGAUCUUAUGCAAGAUGUACAAAACUGAUGUUCUACCCAAUGGCGUUAUCUUUGCAACACUAAUAUACAACUGCUGCAAGCAGGGAAAUGUUAUGGAAGCAAUGAAGUUAUAUGCCAAUAUGAGCCAUAUGGGAUAUGGCGCAGACAUAAUUACUUGUAAUACAUUGGUUGCUGCUCUUUGUAGGAGUGGGAGGUUGGGAGAUGCGGAGGAGUUCAUGCGGCAUAUGACUAGGAUUGGCCGAGAUCCAAACUCUGUUAGCUUUGAUUGUAUUAUAAAUGGUUAUGGAAGCAGAGGCGAUGGAUUAAGAGCAUUCGCUUUCUUUGAUGAGAUGGUAAGAGAAGGUUGCUCUCCAAGUGCUUUCACAUAUGGCCAUCUUAUGAAAGGGCUAUGCCGAGGAGGGAAUUUGGAGGUGGCAGAGAGAUUUUUGCGUAAACUGCAUGAUAUUCCUUUUGCUGUUGACACCGUUGUCUAUAAUACAUUACUGGUUGAGACGUGCAAGGAAGGGAAGUUGGAUCAUGCAUUACGAUUAUGCGAUGAAAUGAUUAGAAGCAACAUAUGUCCCGAUCUUUAUACAUUUUCGAUUCUUAUCAAUGGUUUUUCUAGGAAAGGGAAGAUGCUCCCUGCAUUUUUUCUGUUUUGGAAAAUGACAGAAAGAGAUUUUUUUCCGAACCAUGUCACAUAUACUUGUUUGGUUGAUGGUCUUUUCAAAGGAGGACAGAUAAAAGCCGCUUCUUAUCUUUAUGAAGAGAUGACAAUGAAAGGCCUACACCCUGAUACUGUCGCAUUUAAUGUAAUGAUCAAUGGAUACUCCCGGGCAGGACAAAUGCAAAAGGCAGAUGAUGUCUUUUGUAUGAUGGGCUGUGAUGGUUUGCGUCCUAAUCUAGUAACUUAUAACAUCCUCAUGCAUGGAUAUUCCAAGAAAUUGUUAUUAUCGAGAUCUUUUGACUUGUACAAAAAAAUGACUGACAAAGGCCUUGUGCCUGAUAAUCUAACAUAUCAUGCGCUACUUCUCGGGCUUUGUGAAUCAGGCAUGCCGGAUGUUGGGAUCAAGCUCUUAGAAAAGAUGCUAAUAGAAGGUAUCAUUCCUGAUAAGUUGACAUUUAAUGUACUUAUUAGCAAGUACUGUGAGAAUGGUGAGAUGACGAAAGCUUUCGAUGUAGCUAAUUGUAUGAGUAGCUUAGGGGUGCUUCCAAAUGAAGAUACCUAUGAAAUUAUCAUCAAGGGACUUAAUAGAAAGUGUGCUUUCCGAGAAUCCCAUUUGGUUUUGCAUGAAAUGCGGGAGAUGGGUUUUGUUCCUAAGCACACACAUUACAUCACGUUGAUUAAUGGGAAAUGCCGUGUCGGUGAUAUACAAGGAGCAUUCAGAUUGAAAGAUGAGAUGGAGGCAUUGGGUCUCGUGCCUCAUGAUGUAGCAGAGAGUGCUAUUGUUAGAGGACUUUGCAAGUGUGGAAAGCUUGAAGAAGCAAUGUUGGUCUUCGAUAACCUGCUUCGAGGGGGCCUUGUUCCGACUAUUGCUACUUUUACGUCUCUCAUGCACGCUCUUUGCAAAGAAUCUAAUCUUGAAGAUGCUUUGCGUUUGCGGGAUGUGAUGGUGGGUUAUGGCUUGGAAAUAGACACUGUUGCUUACAAUGUUCUAAUUACCGGACUUUGUGCCAAUGGUCAUGUUGCUAUGGCAUUCGAACUAUAUGAAGAGAUGAAACGAAGGGGUCGUUGGCCUAAUAUUACCACAUAUGCUGUCCUCAUUGAUGCUGUUUGCAAGGAAAAUGAUCUUGUUAGGGGGGAAAUGCUUUUGAUGGAUAUUCAAAGUAGAGGUUUCAUCUCUCAAGGCCAGGAUACCAAAGAUAUGGAUCAAGCAUUGGUGUGUACAAUGCGGAGAUUAAAUCUUUUGAGGCUCAGGAGGCAGAAAAAUCAUAUAAAAAAAUGAAGAUGCGAGAUAUGUUAUCCCGUCAUUAAAGCUGCUGACAGGAUGCUGAUGAACAGGUACCAUGGCCUUCUACAGAGAUUCAUGUUGAUCCUUUAUGGACAGAGUGUUCUGCGAGCAAUCCUGGUUUCUCUCUCUCUCUCUCUCUCUCUCUCUCUCGCUCGCUCCAUGAUUAAACCAGAAGCUGAAGUUUUUUAAGCGAACCUGCAACAUUAACUUCUCAGAGGCUUGAUGUUUGCUUGCCAAUGGAACAUUGUUUAUGAUCACAGAGGUUGGAUGGUGAAGGGUCCCACUGGUGAUCGAAAUAGUGAUUCUCGUGACAAGACAAGCAAGAAGUUUGAAUUUAUACUUCUACAAGAAAUGUCUUCAUUGCUUCUGUUUCACUAAUAAGUCUCCGUAGGAUGAAACCAUAGAUUUUGAUAUCCAUGUUGGUCAUUAUGCAUACUUGGAUCAGCAUGCAAAAGAUGAGCAUUUCAAUCCUUUCUUGGAAGGGAAUGCGAAGCUGGAAGAGAAGCAUCAACUAGAGGCUCAAACCAACCAUCAAGUACUGGGUAUGUCUGAAAUACUUGAUUUCUUUCUUAUGAACCGCAAUGGAAGCAAAAGUGGUUGACUAUAGGCAAAGCUUGUUUCUAGCUGCCUGUGCACUGAAUCAGGAAAUACCCAUGUUCCGAAACGGCUUAGGGGGUUGUUCCAUCCAACCCUGCAAGCUGUUGACUAAUGCACUUGGAGACAAAUCCAGACCAUACAAUUGUAGGUGACAGCUUGGAUGAACCAUAGUCAAUAUAUCAUGUUGAUUAAAGUUCAAAAAUACGUAAGAUGCUAAAAAGUGAUUCAGAGCAACAAUCUAGGAAACAUGUCCGUAGAGUUUCUUUUCUUUUUUGAAAAUUGAAAAUUUUAUUGAAGGAGUCAAAGGCUCAAGAGAACAGGAAAAAAAAAACUCAAAAUUACAAACUCCACUCCUCGAUACAAGAGAACACCUUUCUGAAAGUGGUUCCCUGAGUUUCACUCCUAUCCCUAAAACAUCUGCCAUUCAUUUCAAUCCAAAUACACCAAAGAGCGGCCAACAAAGCAAGGUGCCAAUUCCUCCUUUCGAUAGAAGAAGGGCCCCUGAAGUGCCAAGACAAACAGAUCCUCCAUUGAAUUUGGAAGUGCCCAUGGCACCUUGAAAGCUGAAAAGAUGUAGUUCCACACACCCAAUGUAUAAGGACAGCUGAGAUAGAGGUGCUUCACUGAUUCCUCUUCCUUCUUGGACAAGAGACAGAUGUUGGGGAAGACCAUCCCUUUCUUGCGGAGAUUGUCCAUUGUCAAUAUCCUAUUUUGACCAAUGACCCAUGCAAAUGCCGUCACCUUUGGAGGAGCUUGGUAGUGCCAAAUAAACCUUGUAUUAGCUAAUACCAGCACCAGGUCCAUGAAUGACAUUGAGGAAGGACCACAUUGUGAAUCUGCUAGAUUUAUAUCUUAACCAGACAGGGUCAUCCAAAGCAGCCAGGUUGGGAUAGAUUCCCUUCUAGAAUAGCUAGCAGUCUCAUCAUUUCCUCAACCUUGGCCUCGGAUAAAGAAUGGCGACAUGAGGGUAGCCAAACACCACCAUUUUCCUGGAUGGAGAAACAAUUGGCUAUCAAGACAUUCUGGUUCAGGCAUAAUCUAGUUAUACCAGGGAAUUGGGAUUUGAGUGUGGUCUCUCCAAGCCAAACAUCGUCCCAAAUACUAACCUUAUCCCUGCUACCAAUUGAUAUCCCCAUCUCGAGAAGAAUUUUGCCUGCCAAAUGAGUAAUAAAUCUCCAAUAAAAGAAGCUCUGUAGAGUCCUUGAUCCACCUGCCCGAGUUCACUAGACCAUAUUUGUCAGCUAUAACCUUACGCCAAAGGUAGGGGUGUCAACGGGCCAGGUUAGGGCCGGGCUGUCCAAGCUUGACCCGCAUUGUUCAACUUAAGCCCAUACCCAGCUUGGGUCGAUGAUGGGCCAAAAUAGUCCAACACGAGCCCGCCCCGGAAUGUUUACAUAGGAUCAGGCCCAAGCCCGAUGAAGUUUUGUAAAACAAAAAGCAAUUUUGGUGGGCCCACACAUACCUCGGGCACGUUCUCCUUUUGACAUCCGAUCCGUGCAUUUCGUGGGCCCCGCUAACUCAAGAGAGAUGAAGAGAGAGAGCGGUGAACCUACCGCAAUAACCAGUGAUGUCGCUGGCCGAAGGCUCCAUUGCUGCACUGGUGACGAAGGCUUGGUCGGUUAAAUCGCAUGGGAGGAAUUCGUUGGGGUUGGAGAGAUAGGAAGGAAUGGGUUAGAGGAAAUAGAGACAUGCGAGUAGUUGGUUGAUAGUGAGAAAAAUGGAGAUAGUUGUGGUGGAAUUAAUGUUUUUAUUUAAUUGGAGGAAGUCACCUUUGAUUUUUAUGGGGCAUAGUGUUCGAAGUAUCGGUAUCGCUACAAGUUUCACUGGUCGGGGAUACAGAAACAUUAUCGAUAUCACUGAUAACCAGAAAUAUGAAAAAACAUGGGAAAAAAGGUAGAAUUUUCAGUGAAACCUCAGGAGAUGCUAAAAUACACAUAUUUGCAUAUUUAGGAAUUAAAAAUUUGUAAAAUGAAUGUAUACACAAUAAGUUUCCAUUUAAUGGGGCUUAAAAGCAUGUGUCGUUGUAAGAAAGAGUCUAACCAUCCCAUCCAUCCCAUUUAACCAUCCAAACAUCCAUUGAUAUUGCAGAAUAUCGACAAUUCCUGAUAUUUUGCAAAGAAAUCAUUAACAACAGGAAAGGAAACAAAAGAUUGUGGUGUUGAUAUUGCGCAUGUUGCGAUAACAAUAAUAUUGAGAUAUUAUCAAUAUUAGCAACGACAUUGAAAACUGCAUACAACAAUGUGCUCAUAAAAAAAUUAUGAAAAUACUUUUUUAAUAAACAAACUUUCUGUGAUAUCUCUAUGUUGGCGAUAUUAUUGAAAUAUCGCUGAUGCACUCGUGAUACAAGCGUCACCUAGAAUUUACAUAGUAAAAAAUAUUGGCGAUAUCGAUACAUUAGCAAUACAAGCGGCACCUGGAAUUUACACAAUUGAAAAUAUUGGCGAUAUCGAUUCGUUGGCAGUACUUAGCAAUACAUUGUUGAUGCUUGGAAUUUCUAAUACUACCGGUAUUAUUCGUAUUGCUAUUGGUGUUAUCGGUAUCGCCAAGCUGGAGAUAACGAUAAUAUUGGAGAUAAUUCAAGGCAUCAUUGAUUUGUAUGUGAGAUCUACUUCGACCAUGAGAUGUGUAAUCUCAUUUUAGGCAAAGAGAAAAAAUCUUAGGUUGAUCCAUGAUUCAGGUGGACCGCACCAAUGGAAACUAUUUCUAGAGAGAAGUCCACCCUUGAUUCUUAUAGGGACUACAAUGAUGAUUAUAUAAAAUUCACUCCAACCAUUAAAUGCCACACCAAUAUUUAGGCAUGGGAACAAAAAAUCAAGCUCAUCCAUGAUUCAGGUGGGCCACACCAAGGGAAACAGUUCGUAAGGUAAGCAUUGUCUUGUAUACUGUUUCCAACUGUGUGGCCCACUUAAAUUAAGGAUGGAGGUGAUUUUUGGGCCAUGGGCUUGGAAUGGUAUUACACACCUGAUGGUCAGGAUGGAUUUCACAUCAACACCUUGGUGGAGACCCCACCCAAGCCACGACCCACUUUAAAAAAAAUCACAUUUUUAAAAACCCCUCCUCCGAUUGGUGAGAUGCGUCAUAUCAGAGUAGCUUAGGUGAGACCUGGCCUCACCUAAGAUGGUGCGGCCCUUACCGUGGGGCCCACCUUGAUGUAUGUAUCAUGUAUCCACACCAUCCAUCCAUUUUUCCUGAUUAUUUUAGGACAUGAUCCCAAAAAUGAAGAAGAUCCAAAUCUCAAGCGGACCAUACUCUAGGAAACAAUGGUGAUUGAACACCCUACCAUUAAAAACUUCUUAGGGCGAACCUUAAUUUUCCAUAUUUUUUAUUUUCCAUCCAAUUUGUUGAUAAGGUCACGUAAGCCAAGAUGAAGGGAAGCAACAAAUAUCAGCUUGAUCCAGAACUUUUGAGGUCCAUUAAUGUUCGAUCACCAUUAUUUCCUAUGGUAUGGUCCACUUGAUAAUUGGAUUUGAUUCAUUUUGGGAUAAUUCCCUACAAUGAUCUGGAAAAAUGAAUGGACAGUGUGGAUACAUAAUAUGCACAUCAAGGAGGGCCUCAUGGUAAGGGUCGCAUCGUCUUGGUUGAGGCUAGGAUCUCACCUAAUCUACUCCCCUCCUCGAGACGGCAACCCACGUGAUGCAUGUACGAAACAACUCUCCUUGGGAUGCCCACCCUUCAUUUUUGAGGGACCCACCAUGCUGUGUAUUUAAGAUCCAAUCCAACCAUUAGAUGGGUAAUUCUAAGUUAUAUCCAUGGCCAAAAAAUCAGGAUGAUUUGUCAUUCAAGUGGGCCACACUAUGGGAAACAGUUUGAAGAGAGACGUCCACUGUUUAUAUUUACGGGCCCACUGCGAUGAUUAGAUAAAAUCCACUCCAACCAUUAGAUACCACACAAAAACAUAGGCAAGGCCUAAACAUAAGUCCAAUGCAUUAUUAUUAUUAUUUUUUGGAAAUGUUACAAUUUUAUUGAGAGACCGCCAAAAGCGGAAAAGAAUACAAAAAUUAAAAAAGAAACAACAAACUCAAAAGCAAAGUUACAGCCCCAAUAGGGCUAGAAGGAUAUAAAUGUCUAGUUCCUUGAUUCCGAUUGCCCAAUCAAGCACCCAACAAAUUGCUUUUCGCACGAUUGUCCCUGUUGCAACCAAGUUGUUUUCAAAACAUUGCUUGUUCCUUUCUCCCCAAAUGGCCCAUAGGCAUGCCAUUGCCCCUAACCGCCAAACCGCUUUUCCUUCUUUUCCAACACCUCCUUCAUGCCAUGACUCUAGGAAGGAUGACAUGGAUGCCGGCAUAACCCAAGAGACAUUGGGAGUUAUAAGAACGAGCUCCCACACCCUUGUAGCACAAGGGCAAAUGAAUGAAGAGGUGGUCCACUGACUCUACAUCCCGCAUGCACACUAUACAUAUAUUUAGGAGAAUCAUUUCUUUUUUACGAAGGUUGUCCACUGUUAGUAUCCUGUUCCUUCUAAGCAAUCAAACAAAAGAUGCAACCUUCGAGGGAGCUCUGUACUUCUAAAAACGAAAAUUAUGAGAUGAUGGGGAUUGGGAGGGACUAAGAAUCUUGUAAAAGGAUUCCAUUUCGAAUCUACCAGAAAUGUGCCCUUUCCAAACCAUAGUCUUCUGUUGAAGGUUCGAUCUUGACGUUGUUCAGUUUAUCUAGGACGCUUAAUAAAGCAUCAACUUCCGCGUCUGAUAGAUCCCUUCUACAAGGGGCCAUCCACACUAUCCGACCUCCUUCCAUCGAAAAGCACCUCUCCACCGAUGUGUACCUGUCCGAGGCUAUUGAUGCCAAAGCAAGGAAUGCCUCUUUAAGCAAGCAUUCCAAAAUAUUAUUCAUGUGGGCCAUAUGAAGGGUAAUAGUUUGGAGGAUGAGUGUUGCCCUGUACGCUGUUUCUAAUCGUGUGGUCCACUUGAAACACAUAAGCGGCUAAGUUUUGGGUCCUAGGCAUAAAAUGGGAUGACACACCUUUUAGUCGAGGUGGAUUUUACAUAAACACCAUGGCGGGGCCCACCCAAUGUUCUAAAUAUCGGUAUCGCGUAAUGUAUCGCACCCUUGGGAUAUAGAUACGUAUCAAUUGUCACACGGGAUUUAUAUCGUUUGUAUUGCGUAAUUUAUCGCACUUUUCGGGAAACAUGGGGAAACAUUGGGAAAAUGGUUGAAUUUUUCAAUGAAACUUCAGGGAUUAUUAAAAAAGACUUCAAUACACACUUUUAAAUCAUAAAAUUUAAAAAAAGAAGUGCACAUAAUAGGUUUCUUUUGUAUAUGGUCUUAAGCUAUGCAUUGUUGGAUUGAACUAAGACAACUAUAUUCAAAUAUCAUGCAUAACAUUUAUAAAUGUAUCAAGACAUGUAUGAAAACACAACCAAUGCAUUCAAAAGUAAAACAUAUAGUAGAAAUUAUAAAACAUACGUACUAAUAAUGUGACUGGCUAUGGCCUAGACCCAUAGAGUUACACGGUGGCUCGUAAUCAUCGUCUCCAUCUCGAUGGGGCUGGAAGGAAUACUGCUCAUCCACAAAUCGACAGUACUGUGCCCAGGUCAUAGUAGAAUGGUACCAAUUGAGAUACUCCCUGACAUAACGUUGGUACUCAUCCUCUCCGAACUGAACUAAUAUGCCCAUUUGUGGGUACUGUGUAAUAGUCACAGUUUGUGACUGAUAUAGAUAUGGAAUGGGCAUGGAUGGUGCUAUUGGGUAUCCAUACUGCCCUCCAUAUCCAUACUGCUGUCCAUAUACCUGCCUGUAUGUGGAAGUCCUGACCGUAGUUGAAAAAUGAUAAUUCAUAACUGCUAGAGUCGCUCCCCGCAUAUCCACUAUGUGUCCAUACUCAUACUAUGGCACAGAACUCGAGCUACUCUCUUGUGUCUGUGAUCCAUAUCCAUUUUGUGGCCUGUAACUCGAGCUCCCCUUCCUUGUUCGUGAAUCAGAACUAGAGCCACCUCGCUUCCCACGAACGCUUGUGUCCCUCAUGCAUUUUGCCAGUAGCUCAAAAUCAGAAAGUUCGUGUAUGCU